AUGGCGUACGGCGACGACGACGAUUACGACCGCGCGGCGGGCGCGGGCGUGCCCAUGGGGUCGUGGACCACGGGGUGCUGCGCGUGCGCGGACGAAUGCGCCGGAGCGCUGUGCGCGUGCAUGUGUCCGUGCGUGGUGGUGGGGCGCAUUGCCGAGGUCGUCACUGACGGCUACACCGACGCGUGCGUGGCGGCGUGCCUCUUCUGCUGCAUGCAGCUCUGCUCCCUCGGCGCGCUCGGCUGCUGCUACUCGCACUUGUUCCGAGCGCGUCUGCGCCACAACUACAUGCUGCCAGCGGAGCCGUGCCCCGACUGCUGCGUGCAUGCGCUCUGCCUCUGCUGCGCACUCGCCCAGGAGCACCGCGAGCUCAGGAACCGCGGCUGGGACCCCCGCCUAGGCUUCCAUGAGAACGUGCGGAUAUUCCAGUCGCGAGGGCUGGCCCCUCCCCACCAGUGCAUGCUGCGCUGA